UCUAAAGGGUUAAAGAGAAGGUGAGAGGGCGUUAGGGUUUUAGAGGGAGAUUUGAGAUUCGUGAUUUGCAAGGAGUAGCCAUGAGUAGGAGCUUGGGAAUUCCAGUGAAGCUACUCCAUGAGGCCGCGGGCCACGUUGUGUCGGUGGAGCUUAAAAGCGGUGAGCUUUACAGAGGAAGUAUGAUCGAGUGCGAGGAUAACUGGAACUGCCAGCUCGAAAACAUCACCUACACUGCCAAGGAUGGUAAGGUUUCACAACUUGAGCAUGUUUUCAUCCGAGGCAGCAAAGUCAGCUUUAUGGUCAUACCAGACAUGCUGAAGAAUGCACCAAUGUUCAAGCGUCUUGAUGCUAGAAUUAAAGGUAAAGGCGCCUCACUUGGUGUUGGCAGGGGCAGGGCUGUUGCUAUGCGAGCUAAAGCUCAAGCUGCUGGCCGUGGAAGUGCACCUGGUCGGGGUGCUCCACCAUCUGGCAGAAGGUGAUGAAACCAUGAAUAUAGUUUGUUAUAUCCUUAGUUCAAAGCCUAGAAAGUCAUUGGGAUAUCGACCAUCAAGUUUUUACUAGUUCCGGUAUUGACAUCAUCAACAUUGAAGAGAGCCAUAUGCAUUGUUCAUUUUGUUGAAAAUGGGCGAUUGACCAUAAUAUCACCAACUUGAUAAUCUACUAUUUACUUCAGUCCCUUUCUUUGUCAUGUAUGUAUUGGACGUUAUUUGCAUCUUAUCACCAUAGGAGCAAUGUCUUUGUGCCAUUUAUUCUACUUCUAUCGUUGGCUGUAUGUUUUGGGUUAAUCUAUGAUUAUGAGACUGCCUACAAUGACCUAUGAUUACAAUAUUUACCUUCUUCAGAACAAGUUCCUCA